GCCCGGGCGUGCGGCCCACGAGCCCGAGCUCGCCCCCUCUCGGGCCUCUCACCGGCGCGGGGGGCGGGCCAGGGGCGGGGCCGGGGCCGGGCGGGGCGGGGCUUGCGCCAGCGCCCCCAGCUCCUCCGCUGCUUCGCCCGCGAGUCCCGAGGCAGUCGAGCGGCUCGGUCGCCCCCACCGGCCCCAUGGCAGCCCCCGGCGCCCCAGCUGAGUACGGCUACAUCCGUACCGUCCUGGGCCAGCAGAUCCUGGGACAACUGGACAGCUCCAGCCUGGCGCUGCCCUCCGAGGCCAAGCUGAAGCUGGCGGGGAGCAACUGCCGCGGCGGCCAGACGGUCAAGAGCCUGCGGAUCCAGGAGCAGGUGCAGCAGACCCUCGCCCGGAAGGGCCGCAGCUCUGUGGGCAACGGAAAUCUUCACCGAACCAGCAGUGUUCCUGAGUAUGUCUACAACCUACACUUGGUUGAAAAUGAUUUUGUUGGAGGCCGUUCCCCUGUUCCUAAAACCUAUGACAUGCUAAAGGCUGGCACGGUUGCCACUUAUGAAGGUCGCUGGGGAAGAGGAACAGCACAGUAUAGCUCCCAGAAGUCCGUGGAAGAAAGGUCCUUGAGGCAUCCUCUGAGGAGAUUGGAGAUUUCUCCCGACAGCAGCCCGGAGAGGGCUCACUACCCGCAAAGCGAUUACCAGUACAGCCAGCGAAGCCAGGCUGGGCACACCCUGCGCCACCAUGAAAGCAGGCGGGCCGCCCUCCUGAUGCCACCGAGAUACGCUCGCUCCGAGAUCGUGGGGGUCAGCCGUGCUGGCACCACAAGCAGGCAGCGCAACUUUGACACUUACCACAGACAGUACCAGCAUGGCUCUGUUAGCGACACCGUCUUUGACAGUGUCCCUGCCAACCCGGCCCAGCUCACAUACCCUAGGCGGGGGACCAGCCGCAGCAUGGGCAACCUCUUGGAGAAAGAGAACUACCUGACCGCAGGCUCCACCAUCGGGCAGGUCAGGCCACUGGUUCCCCUGCAGCCCCUCACUCAGAACAGGGCUUCCGGGUACUCCUGGCACAAGAGCUCCUUCCACAGCACCCGCACGCUGAGGGAAGCUGGGCCCAGUGUCGCCGUGGAUUCCGUAGAUUCCGGCGGGAGGAGAACGCACUUGACCGUGGGCCAGGCGGCGGCAGGGGGGAGUGGGAAUCUGCUCACUGAGAGAAGCACUUUCACUGACUCCCAGCUCGGGAAUGCAGACAUGGAGAUGACUCUAGAGCGAGCAGUGAGUAUGCUUGAUGCAGACCACACGCCACCAUCCAGGAUUUCUGCUGCAGCCACUUUCAUACAGCACGAGUGCUUCCAGAAGUCUGAAGCUCGGAAGAGGGUUAACCAGCUUCGUGGCAUCCCCAAGCUUCUGCAGCUCCUGAAAGUUCAGAAUGAAGAUGUUCAGCGAGCUGCAUGUGGGGCCUUGAGAAACUUAGUAUUUGAAGACAAUGACAACAAAUUGGAGGUGGCUGAACUAAAUGGGGUACCUCGGCUGCUCCAGGUGCUGAAGCAAACCAGAGACUUGGAGACUAAAAAGCAAAUAACAGGUUUGCUGUGGAAUUUGUCAUCUAAUGACAAACUCAAGAAUCUCAUGAUAACAGAAGCAUUGCUUACGCUAACGGAGAAUAUCAUCAUCCCCUUUUCUGGGUGGCCUGAAGGAGACUACCCAAAAGCCAAUGGUUUGCUCGAUUUUGACAUAUUCUACAACGUCACUGGAUGCCUAAGAAACAUGAGUUCUGCCGGACCUGAUGGGAGAAAAGCGAUGAGAAGAUGUGACGGACUCAUUGAUUCACUGGUCCAUUAUGUCAGAGGAACCAUUGCAGAUUAUCAGCCAGAUGACAAGGCCACAGAGAAUUGUGUGUGCAUUCUUCAUAACCUCUCCUACCAGCUGGAGGCAGAGCUCCCAGAGAAAUAUUCCCAGAAUAUCUAUAUUCAAAACCGGAAUAUCCAGACUGACAACAACAAAAGUAUUGGAUGUUUUGGCAGUCGAAGCAGGAAAGUAAAAGAGCAAUACCAGGACCUGCCGACGCCAGAGGAGAAGAGCAACCCCAAGGGUGUGGAGUGGCUGUGGCACUCCAUCGUGAUAAGGAUGUAUCUGUCCUUGAUCGCCAAGAGCAUCCGAAACUACACACAGGAAGCAUCCUUGGGAGCUCUCCAGAACCUCACGGCCGGAAGUGGACCGAUGCCAACGUCAGUAGCUCAGACAGUUGUCCAGAAAGAAAGUGGCCUGCAGCACACCCGAAAGAUGCUGUAUGUCGGUGACCCAAGCGUGAAAAAAACAGCCAUCUCGCUGCUGAGGAAUCUGUCCCGGAAUCUUUCUCUGCAGAAUGAAAUUGCCAAGGAAACUCUCCCCGAUUUGGUUUCCAUCAUUCCUGACACAGUCCCGAGUACUGAUCUUCUCAUUGAAACGACAGCCUCUGCCUGUUACACAUUGAACAACAUAAUCCAAAACAGUUACCAGAAUGCACGGGACCUUCUAAACACCGGGGGCAUCCAGAAAAUUAUGACCAUCAGUGCAGGCGACGCCUAUGCCUCCAACAAAGCAAGUAAAGCUGCCUCUGUCCUCCUGUAUUCUCUGUGGGCGCACACGGAGCUCCAUCAUGCCUACAAGAAGGCUCAGUUUAAGAAGACAGAUUUUGUCAACAGCCGGACUGCCAAAGCCUACCACUCCCUUAAGGACUGAGGAAAACGAAAAAGUAUUCUCAGCUGCAAAAAAAACCCAAAGGAAAACACCUAUUUUUCUACUACCCAGCCCAAGAAACGUCAAAAGCAUGCCUUGUUUCUAUCCUUUUCUAUUUCCAUGGUUCCCUGAAUCCUGCAAACAAAUAGAACAUAAUUUUAUGAAUCUUCCAGAAGACCUUUGCAAGUUUGCCACCAGUAGAUACUGGCCUCAGGCUCUGUUUUACCCCCUACAAAUAGUGGUCGUUGUUAUUAGGGCUUAUGGUGCAUGGCCUCCUGGAACCAAAAUAUGAAUUCAUGUGGAAUGGACAUUCAUCCAGUAAACAAGGAAAGAAGCUGUUGCAUUACUGGGAUUUUAAAAGUUUUAUUUACAUUUAUACUCUUUUUCUGGGUCCCUUGUUUUGUCACUCAUGUGCACAUUGCUUCACCACUGGGCCACGAGUGUAUUGUUCUGCAGUGUUGAAACAGACUGGAAAUUACAAGAAAUAUCUGCAGUUAUCCAGGAGAAGGUAUAAUGGCAAAGUUGUUUGUUUCUUUGUUUACCUUGUGCUUGUUUUUAUGCCCUUGGGUUGUUUGUUUUUUUCUCUGAUUUUUAAAUAAGCUUAAGAAAUUUAGAUUACAGAAUAUGUAUGACUGUAAGAAAAAAAUUGAGAAGAAGUGAUCAUAGCAAAUUAAAAAAAUCAUUUCCUCCCAGAACUUAAAAUUAAUAAAAAUAAAAAUCUUUUCCACAGAGAAAGGCAAUGGUGAUUAUAAAAUUUAACAUUCUCCCAAACAUUGAGUGAAUGAGAUUUUUUGCUAAGGAAAUACUUUACCUGUAACACAUCAUUAAAUGCAAAUCUCUUCUAAACAA